GGUUUCUGUUCUCUGUUGAAUCUCCUGAGGAUAUUGUAAUGCGAUGUAAAGUGACGCCAGUAGCUCGCUUGAUAAAAAAGAGGGUACCGAAAAGCCUAUCUCGCAGCAACGUGAUGUGGGCAUCGCAGAUUGCUUUCUCGCUGUCUCGUGUUGCAAACGUGGGCACACACAUAGAAUGCCGCUCGCGCUAUCAACGUGGAAAGAAAAACAACCAGCAGGUCCGAGGACACGCGCUCGGACGAGUUUUGUUGCUGUUACAUCGCCGCCCUUCCCCAUCGACCUGGCGGCUUCGUUUUUCUGGAUCAACGCGUUCGAACUCGUGUUCUCGAUCGAUCGAUCUCUUUGUCGAAGGCGAUAGCCCCCAAUGAGUUCGAAAUCGUCCAGCAGCGGCAGCGAUGAAGUCGCCAAGGCCCAGAAUGCAACCGUGUCCGUCGGCAAACCGACCAUCUUCUCCAAGAUCCUUGACGGCAGCAUACCGGCCGACAUCAUUUACAAGGACGACAAGUGCAUUGCCUUUCGGGAUGUGAAUCCUCAGGCCCCCGUACACUUUCUGGUGAUCCCAAGGAAGGCACUUCCCAUGCUUGACUCGGCUACUGACGAAGACGUUCAGCUGCUGGGCCACCUGAUGCUCACAGCCAAGAAGGUUGCGGCACAAGAAAAGCUUCAGGAUGGCUAUAGGCUAGUGGUCAACAAUGGGAAGCAAGGCUGCCAGUCUGUCUACCACCUUCACCUACAUGUCCUUGGUGGUCGCCAGAUGGGCUGGCCACCAGGAUAACUGGCUGAAACUGUGCCAAAGAAUCAUGUCACCUGUCUUUUUGUUAGAAAUAAACAUCUUACUAGCUUU